GCCCACAGCCCAGCCUCGCCCUUUCUCCUCCGUGGGGUGCUGGUUUCCUUUCAGUUCCCUGGUUUCCAACCUUUCCAGUGGCUGACCCAGGCCGCUUUCUGCUCCCCGUUGCGGCGAACCAACGCGCCUCUCAUUGUGCGCAGUCUUUCCAGUCCCGAGCGCAGGCAUCCAUUGGUUGUGCUGCAGCUAUGGAGAAACUCUGUGGGCACCGAGACAUCCUGUCCUUGGAGAACCAGUGCCUGCCCAUGCUCCCUGACCUCCAGCCCUUGGAAAAAUUACAUGGACAUACAUCUGUCCACCCAGACAUUCUCUCCUUGGAGAACCGGUGCCUGCCCAUGCUCCCUGAUCUCCGGCAUCUGGAGAAGCUAUGUGGACAUAUGUCCAGUCACUCCGACAUUCUCUCCUUGGAGAACCAGUGCCUGCCCAUGCUCCCUGAUCUCCGGCAACUGGAGAAGCUAUGUGGACAUAUGUCCAGUCACUCCGACAUUCUCUCCUUGGAGAACCGAUGUCUAGCUACCCUCUCCGCUGUAAAGAGCUCUGUAUCUACCAGCCCUUUGCUCCAGUGUCAUCGUGCAUCUCACAUGAUGCAAGCUGAUUUGUGCGGCCCAAACAUUAGCAAUUGCCUGUUCCCUGAGCCUCCUACCAAGAAGGUUCCAUGUGUCUCUGAGAAUCUAGACCUUCCAACUUGUUCCAGGGUCCCGGAAUCCAUCUCUGCUACAACUGGAGUUCAGGAAGUAGCUUUGGCUCAGUGGUGCUUCUCAGAAGAACAGGAAAUGCAGGGAGCGACAGAGAGAGCACAAAUGCCCUUGUAUAGUCUAAGCUUGGGAGACGAAGAGGAGCUGGAUGCACCAGUCCUGAAACUCACAUCUGGAGACUCGGAAUCUCAUGCCGAAACCACUGACCGGCUCCUACAGGAAAAGAAGAUGGCUCUCUUGACCUUACUGUGCUCUGCUCUGGCCUCCCAUGUAAACGUAAAAAGUGCAUCUGACCCUACCCGGGAAUCCAUCCUUGAAGUCUGCCGUGAACUGGCCUCCUUGGAACCUGAGUUCAUCCUUAAGGCAUCUCUGUAUGCUAGGCAGCAACUUAACAUCCGGGAGGUAGCCAAUACUGUUUUGGCUAUAGCUGCCUUCUUGCCAGCCUGCCGCCCCCACGUGCGACGGUAUUACUCUGCCAUUGUUCGCCUGCCUUCAGAUUGGAUCCAGGUAGCCGAGUUCUACCAGAGUCUGGCAGAAGGAAAUGAGAAGAAGUUGGUGCCCCUGCCUGCCUGCCUCCGAGCUGCCAUGACUGACAAAUUUGCACAAUUUGAUGAGUACCAGCUAGCUAAGUACAAUCCACGGAAACACCGAUCCAAGAAACGUUCCCGCCAGCCACCCCGCCCCCAAAAAACAGAACGACCAUUUUCAGAGCGAGGGAAAUGUUUUCCGAAGAGCCUUUGGCCCCUUAAGAACGAACAGAUUAUGUUUGAAGCAGCUUACAAUGCAGUGCCAGAGAAAAGUCUGCCAAGGUUCACUCUGAAGAAGUUGGUAGAGAAACUGCAUAUCCACGAGCCUGCCCAGCAUGUCCAGGCCCUGCUGGGCUACAGGUACCCAUCUACCCUAGAGCUCUUUUCUCGGAGUCACCUCCCUGGGCCAUGGGAUUCUAGCAGAGCUGGGCAGCGGAUGAAGCUCCAAAGGCCGGAGACCUGGGAGAGGGAGCUGAGCUUGCGGGGGAACAAAGCUUGUGUCUGGGAGGAACUCAUAGACAAUGGGAAACUCCCCUUCAUGGCCAUGCUCCGGAACCUGUGUAACCUGCUGCGGACUGGAAUCAGUGCCCGCCACCAUGAACUCAUUCUGCAGAAACUCCAGCAUGAGAAAUCUGUGGUUAACAGUCGGCAGUUUCCGUUCAGAUUCCUUAAUGCUCAUGAUUCUAUUGAUAAACUUGAGGCUCAACUCAGAAGUAAAGCAUUGCCCUUUCCUUCCAAUACAACAUUGAUGAGGCGGAUAAUGAUCAGAAACUCAAAAACUAUCAAGAAGCCUGCCAACUCCAGGCACCUGUGCACCCUGACGCGUCGGCAGCUCCGGGCGGCAAUGACUAUACCUGUGAUAUUCGAGAAGCUCAAGCGGGAGAAGCUGAGGCUGCAGAAGACCAGACAGUGGAAUUGUGAUGUCAAGUUGCUGGAGCGGUAUCGCCAGGCCCUGGAAACCGCUGUCAACCUCUCUGUAAAGCACAAUCUAGCCCCACUGCCAGGCCGGACCCUCUUGGUCUAUCUCACAGAUGCAAACGCCGACAGGCUCUGUCCCAAGAGUCACUCACAAGGGCCUCCCCUGAACUAUGUGCUGCUGUUGAUUGCAAUGAUGAUGGCCCGGGCAGAGCAGGUGACUGUUUUGUUGUGUGGAAGAGGAACCGUGAAGAUACCAGUACUUGAGACAGAUGAAGGUAUCCUGAAGACUGCCAUCAAACUUCAGGCUCAAGUCCAGGAGUUGGAAGAAAUGGAUGACUGGCCCAUCAAUACUUUUGGAAAGUACCUGCUGUCUUUGGCUGUCCAAAGGACCCCUGUUGACAGGGUCAUCCUGUUUGGUGAAAUGAUGAAUACUGAGAUGCUGAAUGUAGCCAAACAGAUUAUCUGGCAGCAUGUGAAUUCUAAGUGCCUCUUCGUUGGUGUCCUCCUACGGAAAGCACAGUACAUACCAGCAAAUUUGAAUCCCAAUGAUGUGACGCUCUCAGGCUGUACUGAUGGAAUACUGAAGUUCAUAGCAGAGCAUGGAACCUCUCGUCUUCUGGAUCAUGUGGGCCAACUAGAUAAAGUAUUCAAGAUUCCCCCGCUCCCAGGAAAGACACAGGCACUGUCUCUACGGCCCCUGGAGGAGGACAUCCCAGGCCCCUCGGGUCCUAUUUCCCAGCAUGGGUGGCGCAAUGUCCGACUUUUCAUUUCAUCCACUUUUCGUGACAUGCAUGGGGAGCGAGACUUGCUGAUGAGAUCUGUGCUGCCAGCACUGCAGGCCCGAGUGUUCCCCCACCGUAUCAGUCUCCAUGCCAUUGACCUGCGCUGGGGUGUCACUGAGGAGGAGACCCGCAGGAACAGACAACUAGAAGUGUGCCUUGGGGAGGUGGAGAACUCACAGCUGUUUGUGGGGAUUCUGGGCUCCCGCUAUGGCUACAUUCCCCCCAGCUAUGACCUGCCUGACCAUCCUCACUUCCACUGGGCCCAGCAGUACCCUUCAGGGCGGUCUGUGACUGAGAUGGAGGUGAUGCAAUUCCUGAACCGUAGCCAACGCUUGCAGCCCUCUGCUCAAGCUCUCAUCUACUUCCGGGAUCCUGGAUUCCUCAGCUCUGUGCCAGAUGCCUGGAAACACGACUUCAUUUCUGAGUCAGAGGAGACUGCACAUCGGGUCUCAGAACUGAAGAACUACCUACACAAACAGAAAGAGGUUACCUGUCGCAGGUACUCCUGUGAGUGGGGAGGUGUAGCAGCCGGCCGGCCCUUUGCUGGGGGCUUGGAGGAAUUUGGACAGUUGGUUCUUCAGGAUGUGUGGAGCAUGAUCCAGAAGCUUUACCUGCAGCCUGGGGCCCAGUCGGAGCAGCCAGAAUCCAUCUUGGAUGAUGAUUUGAUCCAGGCCAGCUUUCAGCAGCUGAAGAACCCACCGAGUCCUGCUCGGCCACGCCUUCUUCAGGAUACAGUGCAGCAACUCAUGCUGCCCCAUGGGAGGCUGAGCCUGGUGACCGGGCAGGCAGGACAGGGAAAGACUGCCUUCCUGGCAUCCCUUGUGUCGGCGCUGCAGGCCCCUGACCAGCACAACGUGCCCCCCUUAGUUUUCUUCCACUUUUCAGCAGCCCGCCCCGACCAGUGUCUUGCCCUCAACCUUCUCAGACGCCUCUGUACCUAUCUGCAUCGAAAACUGCAAGAGCCGAGUGCCCUCCCCAGCACUUACAGAGGCCUGGUGUGGGAACUGCAGCAGAGGCUGCUCCUCAAAUCUGCUCAGUCACUGAAACCUGGUCAGACCUUGGUCCUUGUUAUCGACGGGGCGGAUAAGAUGGUGGGUCAGAAUGGACAGCUGACUUCAGACUGGGUCCCCAAGUUCCUUCCCCGGCGAGUACACCUGGUGCUGAGUGUGUCUAGUGACUCAGGCCUGGGAGAGACCCUUCAACAAAGUCAGGCAGCUUCCGUGGUGGCCUUGGGGCCUUUGGUCCCAUCUUCGAGGGCUCAGCUUGUGAGAGAAGAGCUAGCACUGUAUGGGAAACGGCUGGAGGAGUCACCCUUUAACAACCAGAUGCGGCUGCUGCUGGUAAAGCAGGGUUCAGGCCUGCCAUUGUACCUACACCUCGUCACUGACUACCUGAGGCUCUUCACACUCUAUGAGCAGGUGUCUGAGAGACUGCGAGCCCUGCCCGCCACCCUCCCACUGUUGCUGCAGCAGAUCCUAAGCACCUUGGAGCAAGAGCAUGGCCAUGAUGUCCUUCCUCGAGCUCUGGCUGCCCUUGAAGUCACGAAAAGUGGUCUGACUGUGGAGCAGCUGCAUGCAGUGCUGAGCACAUGGCUGAUUUUGCCCAAGGAGAUUAAGAGCUGGGAAGAAGCAGUGGCUGCUGAGCACAGUAGAAACCCUUACCCCUCAGGUCCAUUUGCCUACCUUGUCCAGAGCCUGCGAAGUUUACUACGGGAGGGCCCUGUGGAGCGCCCUGGUGCCCGUCUGUGCCUCUCUGAUGGGCCUCUGAGGACAGCAGUUAACCGUCGCUAUGGAAAAAAGCUGGGGCUAGAGAAGACUGCACAUGUCCUCAUUGCAGCUCACCUCUGGAAGAUAUGUGACCCUGAUGCCUCGGGCAUCUUCCAAAGUUGCCCUCCCGAGGCUCUGAAAGAUUUACCUUACCACCUGCUCCAGAGCGGGAACCAUGAUCUCCUUGCAAAGUUUCUCACCAAUCUCCAUGUGGUAGCUGCGUAUCUGGAAAUGGGUCUAGUCUCUGACCUCUUGGAGGCCCAUGUGCUGUAUGCUUCUUCAACAUCCGAAGUGAACCCGAAGCCCCUGGAGGCGGAUGUUGCUGCAUUCCGUACCUUCCUGAGACAGCAAGCUUUGCUCCUUGCCCAGUAUCCUUUGCUCCUGCUCCAGCAGGCAGCCAGCCAGCCUGUAGAGUCACCUGUUUGCUGCCAGGCCCCCUUGCUCACCCAGCGAUGGCACCUCCAGUUCACACUACGAUGGAUUAAUAAACCCCAGACCUUGAAGGACCAGCAAAGCUUGUCUCUGGCAAUUUCCUCUCCAACCGCUGUGGCCUUAUCCCCUAAUGGACAAAAAGCAGCUGUGGGCACUGCCAAUGGGACGAUUUACCUGUUGGACUUGAGAACUUGGCAGGAGGAAAAGGCGCUGGUGAGUGGCUGUGAUGGGAUCUCCUCUUUUGCGUUCCUCUCGGACAGUGCUCUUUUCCUUACUACCUUCGAUGGACUCCUGGAGCUUUGGGACCUGCAGCAUGGCUGCUGGGUGUUCCAAGCCAAGGCCCACCAGCACCAAAUCACUGGUUGCUGCCUAAGCCCAGACCGUCGCCUGCUGGCCACUGUGUGUUUGGGAGGAGACCUAAAGCUUUGGGACACAGUCAGUGGACAGCUGGCCUUCCAGCACACCUGUCCCAAGUCCCUGAACUGCAUUGCCUUCCACCCAGAGGGGCAGGUGGUAGCCACAGGCAACUGGGCUGGCAGCCUUACCUUUUUCCAGGCAGAUGGACUCAAAGUCAUCAAGGAACUAGGAGCCCCGGGAGCCUCUGUCCGUACUCUGGCAUUCAGUGCACCUGGGAAGUCUGUGGCUGUAGGCAGGAUAGACGGGGCAGUGGAGCUGUGGGCCUGGCAAGAGGCUACACGGCUGGCAACCUUCUCUGCACACUGUGGCUGUGUUGAUGCCGUUCUUUUCUUGCAUGCUGGAGGCCGGUUCCUGACGGCUGGAGAAGAUGGCAAGGCUCAGUUAUGGUCAGGAUUUCUUGGCCGGCCCAGGGGUUGCCUGGGCUCUUUUCCUCUGUCGCCUGCACUCUCUGUGGCUCUCAACCCAGAUGGUGGCCAGGUGGCUGUUGGGUACCGAGAGGAUGGCAUUAAGAUCUACAACAUUUCUUCAGGCUCCCAGGAGACUCAACGUCAAGUGCUAAAUGUGGCAGUGUCCGCACUAGUCUGGCUCAGUCCCAGCGUUUUGGUGAGUGGUGCAGAAGAUGGAUCCUUGCGUGGCUGGAUGAUCAAAGGACGCUCUCUCUAUUCCCUGUGGCUGUUGUCCCGACACCAGAAGCCUGUGCUUGGACUGGCUACUUCCCAGGAACUCUUGGCUUCUGCCUCCGAGGAUUUCACAGUGCGACUAUGGUCCAGGCAGCUGCUGACACAGCCACAUGAGGCAGAAGACUUUCCCUGUUGUGCUGAACUCCGGGGACAUGAGGGCCCGGUGUGUUGCUGUAACUUCAGCCCUGAUGGAAGCAUUUUGGCCACUGCGGGCAGGGAUCGGAAUCUCCUCUGCUGGGAUGUGAAGACAGCCCAAGCCCCUCUUCUGAUUCACUCCCUCACUUCCUGUCACCGUGACUGGAUCACUGGCUGUGCGUGGACCAAAGAUAACCUACUGGUCUCCUGCUCUAAUGAUGGCUCUGUGGGACUCUGGGAUCCAGAGUCAGGACAGCAACUUGGUCAGUUCCUGGGCCACCAGAGUGCUGUGAGCUCUGUGGUUGCUGUGGAGGAGCAUAUAGUAUCUGUGAGCCGGGACGGGACUUUGAAAGUGUGGGACCAGCAGGGAGUGGAGCUGACCAGCAUCCCUGCUCACACAGGACCCAUCAGCCAGUGUGCAGCUGUCCUGGAGUCCCGCCCAGCUGGACAGCCUGGAUCAGAGCUUCUGGCAGUGACGGUUGGACUGGAUGGAGCCACAAAGUUGUGGCAUCCCCUCUUGGUGUGCCAAAUACGCACCCUCCAGGGACACAGUGGUCCAGUCACUGCUGCUGCUGCAUCCGAGGCCUCAGGCCACCUGCUGACCUCAGAUAACAGCUCUGUACAGCUCUGGCAAAUACCUAAGGAAGCAGAUGAUGCAAACAAACCUAGAAGUGCUGUGGUCAUCACUGCUGUGGCAUGGGCACCAGAUGGUUCUCUGGCAGUGUCUGCAAAUGAAGCUGGGGAGCUAAUACUAUGGCAGGAAGCCAAAGCUGUGGCUACAGCACAGGCUCCAGGCCGUGUCAGUGACGUGAUCUGGUACUCGGCACAUUCGUUCUUUGUUCUUAGUGCCAAUGAAAAUGUCAGCGAGUGGCAAGUGGAACUGUUGGAAGGGUCAACGUCCAGAAAUCCCAGUCUUCACAUGAAGCGAGUUCUGCCAGAAGACUUGGGAGUCUUGACAGGUCUGGAUCUGGCCCCUGAUGGCCAGUCUCUCAUCAUAAUGAAAGAGAACGUGGAAUUACUACAGAUGAAGCCUGGGUGUACUCCAUCUGUGAUCUGCCGGAGGUUCGGAUCACAUUCUUCCAUACUGUGCACCAGCAAGGAGCACGGCAUAUUCUACCUGCAGCAGGGGGUCUCUGCAUUUCUUUCUUUCUUGGAGCAGAAGGAGUCAGGAGAGUUUGAUGAGAACCUGGACUUCAUUCUGGACAUAAAGAAUCCUAAUGGGUCCCCAGUAGCAAUCACUCAGGCCAAACCUGAGUCUGAGUCAGCAUUUCUGUGUGCCACCUCUGACGGAAUGCUGUGGAGCUUGGCUGAGUGUACCCAGGAAGGAGAAUGGAUUGUAGACAACAUUUGGCAGAAAAAAGCAAAGCCACCUAAAACUCAGUCUCCAGAGACAGAUCCAUCUGUGCACUCUGAUUCAGAUUCCUGCAUGGAGAGCUGGUCAGGGCCUAGACAUUUAAAGGCACAGCAGGGAAAAAAGAUUCACUUGGGCUCAGUCACAGCCCUCCAUGUGCUUCCUGGAUUGCUGGUGACUGCUUCGAAGGAUAGAGAUGUUAAGCUGUGGGAGAGACCCAGUAUGCAGCUGUUGGGUUUGUUCCGAUGUGAUGGACCAGUGAGCUGCGUGGAACCUUGGCUGGGGCCCGACUCUACCUUGAAGCUUGCCGUGGGAGACACCCAAGGAAACUUGUAUUUUCUAUCUUGGGAAUGAAAAUGCAGUACUCAGGACAAAGAUGAUGUCGCUUGUCCUAGAUAAUGCAAACCAAAUAAAGUGUUGGAAGAUCUUAAGUAUAA